AUGCGGCCGGCGCUAUUUAGCUAUGUGGCAGGGCUGCAGAAGGGGCUGCCCAGCCCCAUCCUCUACGUGGCAGAGAAGUUCCGGGCACGGAGCCCCUGCGGCAUGCAGGGGCAGUACCGCGGCGCCGGCCGCUACGCCUCCAUCAGCCUCUGGAUGGCUCUCUGCACAUGGCUCCUGUCCCUCCUGCUGCUCUCCAUGCCCCUCCUACUCCAGGGGGCCUACAUGCUGCUGCUCACAGCCACCCUGAUGCUCUUCUCCCUGCUCCUCUUCUCUGCUGUGAGGAACGCUCCCAACUGCCCCAUCCAGCUGGGCCCAGCUGCCCUGCAGACUGCCUAUGGAGCGUCCUUCUGGCUGACACUAGCCACAGGGUUGCUGUGCCUGCUGCUGGGGCUGGGCAUCAUCCUCCUGAAUUCCCAGCAGCCUGAGAAGCUGAAGUUUGUCUUUGACCUGGAGCAGGGAAGAGGAGAGGAUGAGGAGGAGCAGGGCAAGUCCUGCCUGCCAGCUGAGUACAGCUCCUCUCUGCAGGAUGUGCUGAUGCUCCCCUUGGCAGAGCUUCACCAGGUGCCAGCCACCAGGCUGGUGCCAGCCACCAGGCUGUGA